UUGAUGCAGCCAAAUGCACUCGUAUAAGUGACUGUUGGCUUUAAUAGAAUGCUCUUUACGGUAAUGUAAUGCGCUCCGCAGUGCAGACUUAUUUUUAUAACCGGUAACAUUGCGACUAGUGUUUAUGUCUCUAUGCUACUGGCCAACUGCGGAGACGGCUGUAUUGACAUUCCUGGUAUGGAAUACGAAAUGGACCAAAAUAUUGUGGUUUCGCUUUUUGGUUGAAAGGCCUGCCGGUGCUAUGCCUGCUAUUUUCUUGUCCACGUUGUAUGAGUAUUCUCCUCUCUUUUACAUCACCGUAGUGUUUGUGUGCUUUAUAGUGACCUCUGGAUUGGUUCUGGGAUGGUUUGGUGUGGACGUUCCAGUUAUUCUGAGAAACUCAGAAGAAGCCGAUUCCGUAUCCUACGUUUGCAAGAAACAGAUGAAGCAAGUGAAGAAUCCCUUUGGCUUGGAUAUCAUUAAUCCAGAAGCAGCUUCACUAACAUGUGGCGUCACAGUUCGGCCGAAUUGUCUGGAGAAUUGUGUUCUGACCGUGUACUGGGGGUGCAGCGUACAAAGAGUACAGGAGGCUUUGCAGAAACAUGUCUACCACUUUCCAGUCAAGACCCCAGGAGCUUUGGAAGAAGCUUUGUGCAAUGAAUACCUUCAUAAAGCCCACCAUGACGUCCAAAAAGACAGCAAAGAUGAAAUAUUGAUUCACUUGCCCGAGGACCACAGAAUAGAAGACUUUGGUCCAGUGCCUCGGACUCGCUAUCCCCUUGUAGCCGUUCUGACUUUAUCAGAUAAGGAUGACCGAGAGCUGUAUGACAUAGUAUCCAUGCUGACGGUGAUCCAUAUCCCCGACAGGAGUUAUAGGCUUCCUUGCAGGAUAAUGUACCAGUAUCUCCUAACGGCACAAGGGCAAUUUUAUGAUCUUAAGCAACUUUUCAUGUCCUCUAACGACAAAUCCACAAGGUCUACAAGUGACGCCGUCGGCCCCGAGAACUCUGACAGGGAUUUGCUCGAGAGACUCGGACUCUCUGAGGAUGAACUGCAAGACGACACGGGAAAAGAUUGCGUUGUGUGUCAGAACGACACCGUGAACUGGGUGCUGCUGCCGUGUAGACACGCGUGUUUGUGUGACCGAUGUCUGAAGCACUUCCAGCACUGCCCCAUCUGCCGACAGUUUGUACAAGAAUCGUUCCCUUUACACAACAAGACACCGGCCACAAAUGAAGGAACCCAUCGUGUUCCUCAAGACUGACCUUCUCAGAGACUUAUUCUACCUGGACUAUUAGUUGGGUAAAAGUAGGGAUUAUUUAUAUGUAUAUAACACACAGGAUCUAUAUUGUAUUAGAAAAAUGAAAAUUAAGAAAAACUAAUGUUCUUA